AUGGAGAUUCUUCUAAAAGGAAACUUGAGUAAAAUUUUGCACAGAAACAAAAGAAAUACAUUUUGUUCUGAUGAUGAAGAACCCUUUAGUUCUCUUUUCAGAAGAACAAAUGUAUCCUUUUAUGAUGAUCUUGAUACAGAAGCAGUGUUUUUAUUAGAAAAGGAAAGUCAGUCAAUUGCUCGUACCAUGAGGAAUAAUAACAAAUAUAUUUCAUAUCAUGAUGAUAAGACAAUUCUACAUAAAAAAAAAAGACAGGAAUUUCAUAAAAUAGAUGAAAUUAUAAAUAAUAUUAAUUAUUUAGAUAGCCUAAAAAAAAGAGUAUACAAUAUUGAAUUUCAAAAUAUAUUAGAACCAUUAGGUAUAUAUGUACCCAAUAAAAAAACAGAAAAUAACAGUGAAAUAAAAAAUGAGAGAGUUUACAAAGAGAAAUUUGAAAUUCUAAAAAAAAAGUAUGAUAGUCUUAAGGAAAAUAUAAAUACAAGAAUAGAUCUUGAACUGAUUAAGUCUGGAGUAUUUUACAACAAAGAGGAUAUACAAGAUAUUUUUUACAUAACAAGAAAACAACAAUAUGAUAUUAAUACAAAAGAGAAUAUUAUAAAAGUUCAAAAUAGCGUCAUAGAAAACAUGGUAGAAAAUAAUAAAUUAAACAAAAAAAAGAUAAGAAUUAAUAGAAAGAAAAAUCAAAAGCUAACGGAAAUGUGUAAAUUUUAUUAUGAACAAAAUGAAAAAGCACAAAUGAAAUUAAGGAAGAUAAAGUACACAUUCCUUGAAUAUAGGAUAGCUUUAGAAAACAUCGUCUCAUGUUGUGAAAAAAUAGGAGGAGAUAAAAUUAUUUUAAUGGAUGGAAUAAAAUCAUGUAAAGCACAAACAGAUUUAUCCAAUGCAACAAAAAUAUUGAAUAUGAAGAAAAUUGAAGAAUUACAAAAUAACAUAAAAUAUUGCGAACAACAAAUAAAUAGUUUAAAACACAACUUAAAAUGUAAAUUAGAGGAAUUACAUAAAGAAUCAAAAGAAAAAAGUGAAGCUAAGAAUGAAACAUUAUAUUUUAAAGAAGAAUUAAUGAAAAAUAAUAACUUAUUAACAGAAGUAUUAGAAGACUUUCAUCAUAUGCUUUAUGAUGCUGAUAAUUUUCUUCAUAAAAAUGAAGACAUUAAUAGUUUUAAAACAUUAUUUAAUAAGAAGAAAAAAAAGUAUAAUGCGCUUGUAAAAAAGGCGUCUGAGAGAAAUAAAGAAUUAAAAAAGAGAGAAAAUGAAUUGAUUUUAGCAAAUAUUAUAAAAGAAAAAGAAUUAAAAAAACACGAAGAAUACUUGAAUGUGCAAAAAGAAGAGAUAAAAAAAAAAAAAGAACAGGAGAAAGUAGAAGAAGUAAAUCAAAAAGAGAAUGAAGAAGAGAAAAAAAAAAUGCAAGAGGAAGAGCAAAAAAAAAAUAAAGAAGAAGAUAUAACAGAGCAACAAAUAAAAGAAGAAACUUCCGGAGAAAAAAAGUUAAGAAAAAAAAAGAGUUUUACAUAUGAGGAAUGUAUAGAUAUUAUAUACAAAGCGAAUUUGGCAUUAACUGGAAAUAAGUUGAAUGAGUUAAAAAGUAUGGGAGAAGUAAGUAAAGAUGACUUAAUUAUUUUUAUUAAUUCAAUUGUUCUAAAUGAAGAGGAAGCACUUCAAAACAUGAUCACCUUUUUUGAAAUAUGGGAUGUUCAGAAAACUGGUUACAUGCAUAAGGAUCUACUUUUAUUUAUUUUAAAACAAUUUGGUGACAAUUUCACUGAAGAAGAAGUUAACUUUUUACGAAGAGAAUUAAAUCUAGCGAAUGGAUAUAAUAUAUAUUAUGUGGACUUAUUAAAAAGAUGGAUACAUGGAGAUGAAUUAUAA